UGGUAAUCUGCGAGGUAAACAGAAAAAAGGAAAACUCAGUUUAUCGCAUCGAGCGUACUCUACCUCAUCAAAUCUUUUAUGCUGAAAACCAGACCAGAGCGAAGGGAAUAGCCUUUACUUUUAUGAGGUCAUUACAACCCUCUCAUUUCACAGAUGGAAGCUUGCCAGUAUUUGUUUUUCCACAAUCGCUGACUUUUUAUGCUGACGAGCAGUCUACACACAAGCAAGUGCUCACGGUUUACAAUCCCUACGAGUUCACUUUACGGUUUAAAGUGUUUUGCACCGCUCCAAAGAGAUAUAUGGUGGUUGAUUCUGAUGGCGUGAUCAAACCUAGAUGCUGCAUUGAUAUAGUAAUCCGUCACAGUGAUGUUCAACCUGCCAAAACACAGCAAGACAAAUUUCGACUUCAGGUCUUUGAGUAUGGGCUACAGAAAGUCAUUGGUCAAAAAGAAAUCAUGGCUGUCCUUCAGCCAAGCAGGACAGAACAUCAACAGAUGCCUCGGGAGAAAUCAACCACAAGAUCCUCGAGGUCACAGAAAACAGAGAGCAGUGGUGUAACUGUGGAGCAUUUUGCAGACUCAGGGUUGGUGGGUCAGCAGGGUCCCAGUUUGUGGGUAAUAGUUAUGGCUGUGGUCUGUAUUAUUGCUCUGGUAUUACCACUGGACAGUGACAAGUAUACAGGAUCAGUACCACGCUACCUUCUGCUGUCAGUCAAUCAAAAGUUAUUGGCUUCUUUUAUCCUAGGUCUUAUAACAAUGGCAGUUUUAAAGACAUGACAGUAUUUACACUGUAAUGGAGUAUUUAGCUGACAAUAUUAGUAGUGGUGAUGAGUUUACUUUUAUUAUUAUUGUCAGUGAUAUAAUUUUUAGGAGCAUACCAGAACAGCCUUGAAUUUAAGUUGAAUCUUAUAACAGCCUUGAAUCUCAUUAUUACUAUAAGCUGUGAUAAAAUUAAUAGGUAUUACAAAAAAUACAGCUUGCACAUGAAAUAAACCAUUUAUCUAUGUUGCAAUAUAGUUUUACAGUUUGUUUUCCUGUAGAUUUAUUUCAAUUGGUUCUCUAAAGACAUUUUAAUUAUCAUUUCUUAUCCUCAUUGAGUCUAAGAUGAAAAGAAAAAAAUGACCUUAACUGUAGUCAUUUACUAGACAGGUUUGGGUGGAAGAGGACUUAAUGCAUAUACUGGGGUUUGGUUCCAAUUAACUUUUAGUUUGGCUCAAACUAACUUUUGCAAAGAUUACUUUCCAGUAGACAAUACUUUGAAUAAUUGCUGUUGUUCCAGGUUGGAUGGUAGUUUCCAUCAGAUUAAUUUAUUUAUGAGGCAGGUGCUACAAAACAGGCUCCUUUAUUCAAAUAUUUGAAUUAACAGUGCAGUUGUACUUCAGUGGACCUGAUGGUUGUUGAGUGUAAAUAAGGGACUUUAAUACAUAUAAAGAAAUGUGUAACGGUUUUUUUCCCCAUUAUCAAAGUGGAGGGAUGUGUGCUGAACUCUGUUGACUGUGCAUAAUGAAGCCAUCAUGUAAAUGGACUUACCUAUUAAUAAAUGAUGCAAUCUCUUUGUAGACUGUGUUCUUUUAAUGUUACUGUUCAGUAAACUAGUGGAUCAUUAAUAACAGCAAUUACCAACACUAACUUAGAACUUAAAACAAAGGCAUUGGUAGGUUGUAUGUAAACCCUCAAUACUAGAAACAAAGAUUGAAUGGGCAUGCUUACAUUAACUGCAUGUGUGCCCCUGCAUUUGGCUUUCCAAAGUGCACUACUAAAUGGUAGUUUUGAAUUUCUUAUCUCUAGUGAUUUAAAGUACUUCUCUGUAACCUUGGAUGUUUGGUUAUUAUGUGUAGUUUAUUUCUAUUAACAUAUGUUUGUAACUACUUCUAUUACAGCUAUACACACACCAACCUUUCACUAAUACAAAUUCAGAAAACUGUGAAAAAAACAACUUAGCUACUGAAACUUUUACACUUAUUGCCCUAGUCACUACAUUCAUAGCUUGAUACUUCCCAGAUACCUAGGAUCAACCACUUUCUAACUUGCUUCAUCCCAUUUGUCCUGAAUUGAUGCAGCUGUAUGAACAUACCAUCAUGCAGUAGCAAUAUCAGGCUUCAGAUGCUAUUAGUUGUGGAUUGAUUGCGACACUCUUUGUACAAUUAUCAGUUUUAAAUAUACCAAUUAAACGA